AUGGUUAAUCUUGUUAUCCAAUCCAAACAAGAAAAUACUGAAACAAUACCUUCAACUAAUGAAUUACCAUGUGACGGGGAAAGUUUAGUAGACAAUCCUGAUAUACCCGAUCAAGACGUAGACUUUAGUGAUGGUUUUUCGGAUUUGUAUAAACCAAGCGAGAGCUCAGAGGAAAGCGAUGAAUCUGACAGUACAGCCUAUGAAAAUCAAGAAAUAGCUCCAAAAAACAUAGAACCGCUCAAAAAGAUCCGGCGUAGAAAAGCGAUGGCUACAUUAUGGAAACGGUAG